AUGGCCCUGCUGCAGUCGCCGGUUCUCUGGGUCGCAGUCACGCUGGCCAUAACACUGGUCAUUGCAAACACAAUGGGUCUCUUUGGUGCUAACAGGAUGCCAGUGGACGGCAAGACUGUCCUGAUUACCGGCGGAUCAGAGGGCAUGGGCCUCGCCGUGGCGACGCAACUCUCUGCCAAGGGCGCCAACCUCAUCCUCGUCUCACGCAGCGCGGCCAAGCUCGAAGACGCCAUGAAGGCCGUCAAGGCCGCCGCCAAGAACCCCUCGACGCAGCGAUUCCACUACAUCCCCGCCGACGUCUCCGUGCCCUCGUACGCCGACACCGUCGUCGCCGCCGCCACGGCCUGGAACGGCGACCGCGCGCCCGACGUCGUCUGGUGCAUCGCCGGCGUCGCUGUGCCCAAGCUCUUCAUCGAGACCGACGCCGCCGCCCUGCGCCGCCAGAUGGACAUCAACUUCCACGGGACCGCCGACAUGGCGCACGCCAUCCUGCGCGCCUGGCUCGCCCCCGGCCCCGACACCACCUCGUCGCCCAAACACCUCGUCAUGACCUCCAGCGCCGCCGCGCUCUACACAAUCCCCGGGUACGCCGGCUACGCGCCCUCCAAGUGGGCGCUGCGCGGCCUCGCCGACACCCUCUCCCAGGAGGUCCUGCUCUACCCGGGCCGCGACGUUCGCGUCCACGUCGUCUUCCCCGGCACCAUCCUCUCCCCCGGCUUCGUCGCCGAGGAGCGCACCAAGCCCGAGGUCACCCGCCAGCUCGAGGCCGCCGACCCCAAGCAGACGCCUGAGGAGGUGGCGCGCGCGGCGAUCCGCGGCCUCGAGGCCGGCCAGUUCAUGGUCGUGGUCAACUGGCUCGGCCACCUCAUGCGCUUCGGCGUCAUCGGCGGCUCCCUCCGCAACAGCUGGCUCCUCGACACCCUCGGCGCCUGGCUCGUGCCGCUCAUCUGGAUUUUCGUGCAGCACGACCAGCUUAGCACCGUGCGCAACUUUGGCAAGAAGCACGGCCAUCCGAGCACAUACGCCAAGACCCAAGAGUGA